GCAAUAUGCCUGAGACAACCGUCAAAGCGCCCAAAAAGGGCUCUAAGAAAGCGGUCUCUAAGAGCGUCAGCAAGACCGGUAAGAAGAAGAGGAGAACCAGGAAGGAGAGCUACGCCAUCUACGUGUACAAGGUGCUGAAGCAGGUCCAUCCCGACACCGGUAUUUCCUCUAAGGCCAUGGGAAUCAUGAACUCCUUCGUCAGCGACAUCUUUGAGCGUAUCGCCGGUGAGGCCUCCC